AUGCUUCACAGUCAGCAGCGUAGCCAUGAUUCCUCGGACCAGUCUGCCGUAUUGUGCUGCGUACGGCACUGUUUACGAGGAGUCGCUGCUCGGCUAACAAGCCGUCGAGUUGCCGUUGCCAUUGCCUCUCGGUUUAUCAAUAGACGAUUUGCCUUUACACUAGCUGUUGUGUCGGUGCUGGGAGCCAAGGCCGUGCACAUUCACACCCACAUCACGGCAUUGUCGAGGGUGCAUCUGUUGCGUUGGGGCUAUUCAUUCUUUGCCCAGGACUUGGCACUUCUCCUGAUAAUACGACUGUUGCUGGACAAUUGGGUCUUUUCAGUGGCGCCGUGGUUACGGGUAGCAGCCACUUUUGCCGCCAGCGUCUUGCUAUCGUUCGUCAUCUCAUUAGGUGUCAUCAAUGUCUCCUUUUUCGUCGUCUCUGGUUCGGAAAUUCACUGGCGCAAUGUUGCACUGGCCGGCGACUCUUCCUCCUGGUCAAUGUUUCUCUCCGGGUUGCUUUCUCUCGUGCUGGUCGGGUGCCUUGCCUUGGUAGCCGGCUGGGUGUUGCAGGAUGCUUUUUUUGACCUAUUUGGCGUUGGCUCCGAUUUGGUCAAGUGGCCUGCAGCCGCCAUCCUACCGAGAAUUCCUGGUAUGAAUCGCCUCUCGACGCAGGCCAGCAACUACGACAUGGUCCCCCAGCAAGACAUUGAAUAUGGCGAAGAAAUUGACGACUUGGACAGCGACGGAGAAGCAAUGCUUCGCAUAUCCUCAGCAAAAGCAGAAUUCAAGGCCCCCAAUUGGCGCCGGUGGAUCAAGCCACUACUGUACUUGUUUAUAUUUGUGGCCUUGACGGCCCAGGUUAUUCUGUUCUUCAUUCGACCCCAUGAAAGCUCCCUUAUUUUCAUGUCCUGGACGUCUGUCUUGCUACCAUUCGUUGACUUUUCCAAUUCCUCCCCAAACCUGGACAACCUGCAGCCUAUUUACGGCUCCGGCAUCGGUCGCUCCUGGGAUAAUCUCACAGCUGUCCACAACGUAUCAUCUCCGGCCGGAAUGCCGCUCUCAUUGGCCCGAACGUUGAGCUUCUGGCAACGAUACGUUCCCGAAAGGCGCUACAGCGCUGCCAACGACCCGCUGAAAAUAUCAAACCUCGAGGACAAUGUUCUGGCCGACCUCCGAGACAAGCUGUCAGAGGUGCCUAUCCGCCAUGUUGUACUUGUAUUUCUCGAGAGUACACGAAAGGAUGUGUUUCCCGUGAAGAAGGAUGGCCUUGUAUGGAGAAGACUGGCGCAGACAUUCGAGAAUGGCACCCUGCCCGAGGACGCGCAGAAGAAGCUGGCCUCCCUAACGCCAAACGCCAACUUCAUUACCGGAGACUAUGAUGACGGAUUUCCGCACUCCAAGGACGGCGCCAGACGACGUGGCGGGAUCAAUUUCAACAAUGCGUUUACACCGGCUACUUACACUUUAAAGAGUCUCGUCGGAACCCUCUGCGGCACAUCACCGCUCGUCGCAGAUUUCAAUCUUGAGGUCGUUCACACACAUCCGGCGCCUUGCAUACCACAUGUUCUUGAUGCGCUAAAUCAUAUCCAAGGCGCAAACGGCGAGCGCGACGAGAAAGCCGGCAGAGCAUUCCUUUCGGACAAAUGGACCUCCGCAUUCAUGCAAUCCGUCACGAUGGAUUUUGACAGCGAAAAGGGAUUGCUAGAAUACAUGGGAUAUCCACGGGAGAAUCUCAUAUCCAAGGAGUAUUUGAAGGGAGAAAAGGGCAACUUACCCAAAUUUGGGAUUUCUCCUUUGCCCGACGUCAAUUAUUUUGGUAUGCCCGAGAGUCCACUAGAGGAUUAUAUCCGAGAUGCCUUUGUUACAGCCAAGGAGAAGAAGGAGCGACUAUUUCUCUCACACCUGACGAGCACGAGUCACCAUCCCUUUGGACUCCCUGAGAAUGAGACGUAUGUGCCUGUGGCCCAUGGUAUGGAGGACUUUUCAAGGUACAUCAACAGCAUCGGGUACGAUGACAAGUGGCUGGGCAGGAUACUGGGUGUACUGGAGGAGCAAGACGUUGCAGAUGAGACUCUUGUCGUCAUGGUUGGUGAUCAUGGGCUAUCCAUGCCUGAGAAUGGGCUGGUUUCAGCAUAUUAUAACCCCAAUGUCGGCAACCUGCAUGUGCCCUUGGUCAUAUCACACCCGAAGCUGCCCGUAAUAGACAUUGACGAUGCUGUCACCUCGUUACAGAUUCUUCCCACCAUUAUGGACCUGCUUGUUGAGACAGGCUCACUUGGGCCGGAGCACAGCCGGGUUGUGAAGAGCCUGACAGCCGGUAGUUACGAAGGACAGACGAUGAUUCGCAGAGUACGGAAGUCGUCAGAAACCGGCCAAGGAGACUGGCAGUUUACCGUGAUUAAUCCCGGGCGAGCCAUGGUGAGCGUCCGCGACGCUCGCCAGCCACACCUGCGACUGGUGGUCCCUGUCAUCGACAAUGUCGAAUGGCGAUUUACGAACCUCGGAGCCGACCCAACAGAGGAAGUGCCUGUGCAAGGGUUUGAGUUUGUUUCGUUUUUGCAUAGCGUCGAGCAGAUGCACGGGAUGGGUAUCGCCAGAUGGGUAGAAGAAGCCGCUUUCAUCUCCAGGUGGUGGAUUGAAGACAAUAGCAGGCGAUGGCGUUAUGGGCCUUACAGAGAUUGA